AUGAACUUUAAUAAUGGCUUAUUUAGUUCAGGAACAGCUGAUAAUUAUUUUAAAUACGGAAGAAAUAACGAACACAGUCAAGGUCAGUCUUCGUCAACAUCGACAUCACACCAAUCAAAACCAAUCUCUACUAGAACGCCAAGACCCCUCGGACUCAAGAGAACUACGUCGAAUAGCAACUAUCCCGUGAAACAAGAUGAAGUUUCAACAUCAACUAUACACAAUGAUCGAUUAAAGAAUUAUUCUUCUGGCAUGACGAAUAUAUAUCAAACGGACGAGUCUCCAACAACAUUAACUAAAACACCGACGUACGAAUAUUACGGAUUCGUUCUAUAUUUAUCUUCAUUCAUCGCAUUCGUGAUAUAUUUGUUAUGGGCAUAUUUACCGGAUGAGAUAUUAAUAUCAUUAGGAAUAACUUAUUAUCCGGAUAGGUAUUGGGCACUCGCAUUACCAGUCUGGUCAUUUGUGCUGUCAUUUUUUUUAUAUGUAGUAAUAUUAUCAAUCAAUUUUUUAAACACGGCGCCAUAUGAUUCUUAUCAUACCAUAACAGACGAUCAUGCAAACAUAGGACAGAAUUUAUCACAAUUAUCUGGUAUAACCGAUGAUUUUGUUCCAGAAUUACAUGAUAUACCAAUAGGUAUAGUUAAUGCAUGUCUCUAUCAAAAUGUUGAUGGGUUAGGGUUAUGGGAAGAAGAAGAGAAGAAUGGAAAUGAUGGAAACAUUGACAUCAGUAAUAAAAGUACGAUAGAAAGACAAGAAAGGAUAGAAUCCGAUUCCAAAAGUAAAAUAUAA